AUGUUUUGCCAGUUUGGAGGAAAAAAUGAGUCCCUCCGUGCAAGAGCCAUUCUACGAUCAUUAGUACCACUAGAUGAUUUACAAGGUGUUUUAUCACUUCGUUUUACUUUGAUGAAUCCAGCGGCUGGUGAACCAAGGCCAAAAAGUGACAUGCCAUCAGGUUUAAUUCCAGGUCAUAAGCAAAGUAUAGUGCUCUUUCUAGAGCGCGUAUAUGGCAUAGACACACAAGAUUUGUUUUUCAAAUUGUUGGAAGAAGCAUUUCUCCCAGAUUUAAGAGCUGCUACAAUGUUAGAUAGAAAUGAUGGACAUGAAUCUGACAUGGCGUUGGCUAUGAACCGUUACAUUGGAAACAGCAUUUUACCAUUACUCAUAAAACACUCUAAAUUUUAUAGCGAAGCUGAUAAUUACGCAAGCUUAUUAGAUGCAACGUUACAUACAGUCUAUCGUCUUAGUAAGAACCGAAUGCUUACCAAAGGCCAGCGAGAAGCAGUUUCGGACUUUCUGGUAGCUUUGACAAGUCAAAUGCAACCAAGUAUGUUAUUAAAACUUCUCCGAAAGCUGACUGUGGAUGUUUCAAAGUUAUCUGAAUAUACAACUGUGGCACUAAGGCUUCUUACUUUGCAUUACGACCGAUGUGGGAAGUAUUAUGGCUCAACUAGUAGCCAAAGCCUUUAUGGAUCAUCAAGUGACGAAGAAAAACGUUUGACUAUGGUUUUAUUUAGUAAUAUUUUUGAUUCUUUGUCAAAAAUGGACUACGACCCAGAGCUUUUUGGAAAAGCUUUGCCAUGUUUAACUGCGAUUGGUUGCGCACUACCUCCAGAUUAUACUUUAUCGAAAAACUAUGAUGAUGAAUGGUAUGGAAGUAAAUCUGCUUCUACACAAUCACCUGAUGGACCUUAUAAUCCUCAGCCAAUAAACACUUUAAACGUUGCUCUUACAAAUGACUUAAAUCAAAUAGUACAAAAAUUUUCUGAACACUAUCACGAUGCUUGGGCCAGCCGAAAAUUAGAAAAUGGUUGGACUUAUGGCGAGCAGUGGUCAGAUAUUAAUAAAACUCACCCAAGGUUAAAGCCAUAUAGCAUGGUAAGUGAUUAUGAAAGAGAACGAUAUAAAGAACCCGUGAGAGAAAGUUUAAAAGCUUUGCUAGCUAUUGGUUGGAGUGUUGAACAUGCUGAGAUCGAUGUUAACAUACCAACUCGCAACUCUUUGAGAAGAUCAUCUAAAAGCCAGGUCGAUGCUGUAAAUGCUUUUGACUAUAAUCCGCAUCCUGUUGAUAUGACUAACUUAACAUUGAGUAGAGAAAUGCAAAAUAUGGCAGAAAGAUUAGCAGAUAAUGCUCAUGAUAUAUGGGCAAAGAAAAAAAAAGAAGAGUUACUAACGAAUGGAGGUGAAAUCCAUCCACAGCUGGUACCUUACGAUCUUUUAACAGAUAAAGAAAAAAGAAAAGAUCGUGAAAGAUCUCAAGAAUUCUUAAAGUAUCUACAAUACCAAGGUUACAAGCUUCACAAGCCGAAUCGAGGUGGUGAGGCAGAAGUUGCAGGUGUUGGUGCUGCAGUUGAACUUCGUUUUGCAUAUUCUCUUUUAGAAAAAUUGAUCGCAUAUCUUGAUAAGGCCACCAUUAAUAUGAAACUGCUCAAACCGUCCGAUACUUUCAGCAGAAGAAAUAGUUUUAAAACUUCAACCAGGGACAUUAAGUUUUUUAGCAAAGUAGUUCUUCCGUUAAUUGAAAAAUAUUUCAGCACUCACAGAAAUUAUUUUAUAGCUGUUGCUACAGCUACUAACAAUAUCGGGGCUGCAUCUUUAAAAGAAAAAGAAAUGGUAGCAGCCUUAUUCUGUAAACUAGCAAAUCUGUUAAGAUCAAGAUUAGCAGCAUUUGGUGCUGAUGUUAGAAUAACGGUUCGUUGCUUACAAGUCUUAGUAAAAGGUAUUGACGCAAAAUCAUUAGUAAAAAACUGUCCUGAGUUCAUUAGAACGUCCAUGUUAACUUUUUUCAACAAUACUGCGGAUGAUCUUGGUCAUACUAUCUUAAAUUUACAAGAGGGAAAGUACAGUCACCUUCGUGGGACACAUCUUAAAACAUCAACUUCUUUAGCGUAUAUCAACAGCGUAGUAUUGCCAAUUUUGACAGCCAUGUUUGAUCACUUAGCUGCUUGUGAAUAUGGAAGCGAUUUACUACUAGAUGAAAUUCAAGUAGCAGCAUAUAAAAUGUUGGCAUCUUUGUAUAAUCUUGGUGUGGAUGCAACUCUCACUCAUGAUCGUAAAUAUUUGAAGACCGAAGUAGAGCGUAAUAAGCCUAAUCUUGGCUCGUGUCUUGGUGCAUUUUCUAGCUGUUUUCCAGUUGCGUUUCUUGAACCUCAUUUGAAUAAGCACAAUCCUUAUUCCCUUUUAAAUCGCAUAGCUGAUCAUUCUUUAGAGGCUCAGGAUAUUAUGACACGUAUGGAAUCGAGUAUGCCAACACUAGAAACCAUAUUAUCAGAAGUGGAUCAAUUUGUUGAAUCUGAAAAAACAUACUUUGAUGCCCCUCAUGUUGUAGACGUUAUUUUACCACUUCUUUGCUCAUAUCUGCCAUUUUGGUGGGCUCAAGGACCAGAUAAUGUAAAUCCGACGGAAGGUACUUAUAUCAGCAUGGUUACAAGUGAACACAUGAAUCAGUUGUUAAAAAAUGUUCUUAAACUAAUUAAAAGAAACAUUGGGAAUGAAAACGCUCCUUGGAUGACAAGAAUAGCAGCUUAUACCCAACAAAUUAUCAUCAAUUCUUCAGAAGAAUUAUUAAAAGAUCCUUUUUUACCACUAGCUGAAAGAGUAAGGAAACGAACUGAUAAUAUGUUUCAUAAAGAAGAAUCAAUGCGAGGAUUCAUUAAGUCCUCAACUGAUGACACGUCACAAGUUGAGGCACAAAUACAAGACGACUGGCAAUUGCUUGUUCGUGAUAUAUAUUCAUUCUAUCCUCUUCUUAUAAAGUAUGUUGACUUACAAAGAAAUCAUUGGUUGAGGAAUAAUAUUCCAGAUGCAGAGGAUUUAUAUAAUCAUGUGGCAGCUAUUUUUAAUAUUUGGUCUAAAUCACAAUAUUUUUUGAAAGAGGAACAAAACUUUAUUUCCGCUAAUGAAAUUGAUAAUAUGGUACUGAUUAUGCCAACAGCUACAAGAAGACCAGCAGCUAUUAGUGAAGGUGCAGCUCCAGCUGGUGGGGGAAAGAAAAAGAAAAAGCAUAGAGAUAAGAAAAGAGAUAAGGAUAAAGAGGUCCAAGCUUCACUAAUGGUUGCUUGUCUGAAGCGUUUACUCCCAGUAGGAUUAAAUUUAUUUGCUGGACGGGAACAAGAACUAGUCCAACAUUGUAAGGAUCGAUUUUUAAAGAAAAUGCCAGAACAAGAGAUUGUAGAGUUUGCGAAGACGCAGCUAACAUUACCUGAUAAAAUUGAUCCAGCUGACGAGAUGUCAUGGCAACAUUACUUGUACUCUAAGUUGGGACAGCAAAAGGAUAUCGUGGAAUUGGUAAAAGCACCACAAGUUGACGAUGUCGUGGCCAGAAUAACGGAUAUGGCAAAAGUACUUUACGGUCUACAUAUGAUAGAUCACCCGCAACAACAAAGUAAAAGCCAAUAUCGCUCUGUGGUCUCAAUUCAACGAAAGCGAGCUGUUAUAGCUUGCUUCCGUCAAACUUCUCUACAUUCCUUACCAAGGCAUCGAGCAAUCAAUAUUUUUGCUAGAACGUACUACGAGAUGUGGCUGCAGGAUGAAAAUGUUGGGCAAGAAGUGAUGAUCGAAGAUCUAACACAAACGUUUGAGGAUGCUGAAUCAAAAAAGAUGGAUAAAGUAGUAGAUGAGGGUAAGCCGGAUCCACUGACACAGCUUGUUACGACUUUCUGUCGAGGUGCCAUGACAGAAAGAUCGGGGGCUUUACAAGAGGAUCCACUGUACAUGAGUUAUGCUCAGAUUAUCUCAAAAUCUUGUGGUGAAGAAGAAGAAGAAGGUGAAGAAGAAGGUGGUGGUGGUGAAGAUGAAGGUGGUGCAUCUAUUCAUGAGCAAGAGAUUGAAAAACAAAAACUCCUGUUUAACCAAGCACGCUUAGCUGACCGUGGAGUAGCAGAGAUGGUUCUCUUGCAUAUUUCGGCAUGCAAAGGCAUUCCUAGUGAGAUGGUUAUGAAGACGCUACAACUGGGUAUCUCAAUUUUAAGAGGUGGCAAUAUUGAUAUUCAGAAGGGAAUGUUAAACCAUCUGAAAGAAAAGAAAGAUGUAGGCUUCUUUACGUCAAUAGCAGGUCUGAUGAACAGUUGUAGUGUUUUGGAUCUUGACGCUUUCGAAAGAAAUACUAAAGCUGAAGGUCUGGGAGUUGGGUCAGAAGGUGCAGCUGGAGAAAAAAAUAUGCAUGAUGCCGAAUUUACUUGUGCAUUAUUUAGAUUUAUUCAAUUGACUUGUGAAGGCCACAAUCUUGAUUGGCAGAAUUAUUUGAGAACUCAGGCAGGUAACACUACAACUGUUAAUGUAGUUAUUUGCACUGUCGACUAUCUUCUACGCCUUCAGGAGUCCAUAAUGGAUUUUUAUUGGCAUUACUCAAGUAAAGAGUUGAUUGAUCCCGCGGGUAAAGCCAAUUUUUUCAAGGCCAUUGGUGUUGCCAGUCAAGUAUUCAAUACAUUAACAGAAGUCAUUCAAGGCCCUUGUGCACAAAAUCAACAAGCCCUCGCACACUCAAGAUUAUGGGAUGCUGUUGGUGGCUUUCUUUUUCUUUUUUCACAUAUGCAAGAUAAAUUGUCAAAACACUCAAGCCAAGUUGACUUGUUAAAGGAGUUACUUAAUCUUCAAAAGGAUAUGAUAACAAUGAUGCUGUCUAUGCUCGAAGGAAACGUUGUUAAUGGAACGAUUGGAAAGCAGAUGGUAGACACAUUAGUUGAAUCAGCAGGAAAUGUUGAACUGAUCUUAAAAUAUUUUGAUAUGUUUUUAAAGCUCAAAAGUUUGGUAUCUUCUGCUUUUGCAGAAGCUGAUGAUGGAUGGAUAUAUCCCAAAGAUUUCAAAGAAAAAAUGGAACAGACGAAAAACUACAGCAAUGAAGAAAUGGAAUUUCUUCUGGCAUGCUGUGAAACAAAUCAUGAUGGUAAAAUUAACUACAUUGCAUUUAUGGAUCGUUUUCAUGAACCUGCUAAAGAAAUCGGUUUCAACCUAGCUGUUUUACUGACGAAUCUUUCGGAACAUAUGCCGAAUGAGCCACGACUGGCUCGUUUUCUUGAAACAGCUGGCUCAGUACUUAACUAUUUUGAACAAUUUCUGGGUAGAAUUGAAAUUUUAGGUGGUAAUAAACGCAUCGAACGCGUUUACUUCGAAAUUAAGGAGUCCAACAUUGAACAAUGGGAGAAACCACAGGUAACUAUCUUAAAUGAAGAUAAUGAAGAUGGUAGUGAGAUGAUGCAUAGUUUUCUCGAUGAAAUAUCAGGGGAGAGUUCAGGUGAUGGAUCUGGAUUUGGUAACGAAGCCCAUAAACACUUUGAUAGUGGUGGUGAAGACGGAGGUCAAGAAGAGGAAGAUUUAAUAGAGUUUGUUGAAGUGCCCAAGGAUUUUAUAUUUAUUGCAUAUAUUAUGAGAUUCAUGGCCGUUUUGCACUCCAUAAUAUCCUUGGCUAUGCUUGUGGCAUACUACCACUUGAAGGUUCCUUUAGCUAUUUUUAAAAGAGAAAAAGAAAUUGCUCGCACUGUGGAGUUUGAUGGUCUUUAUAUUGUUGAACAGCCAGGUGAUUAUGACUUUAAAGCCAAUUGGGAUAAAUUAGCUAUAUCAGCUAAGACAUUUCCUGUUAACUAUUGGGAUAAAUUUAUAAAAAAGAAAGUUCGACAAAAGUAUAGCGAUACAUACGACUACGAAAUGAUUAGUGCACUUGUGGGAAUGGAGAAAACGUCAUUUGUUCAAGAAGAAGAAGGUUCUGGUCUAAUGCAUUUCAUAAUGAACAUCGACUGGAGAUACCAACUAUGGAAAGCUGGAGUAACAAUAACUGAUAAUGCCUUCCUGUACAGUUUGUGGUACUUUAUCUUCUCAAUCCUUGGCAACUACAAUAAUUUCUUUUUUGCCGCACAUCUACUAGAUGUUGCAGUAGGAUUCAAGACCUUACGAACGAUUUUGCAGUCAGUAACGCACAACGGCAAACAGCUUGUUCUUACGGUGAUGCUUUUAACCAUCAUUGUGUAUAUAUAUACAGUAAUUGCGUUUAAUUUCUUUCGUAAAUUCUAUAUCCAAGAAGAGGAUGAUGAAGUAAACAAAAAAUGUCAUGAUAUGUUGACGUGUUUUGUUUUCCAUCUAUACAAAGGCGUUAGAGCUGGUGGUGGGAUUGGUGACGAGAUAGGAGAACCAGAUGGAGAUGAUUAUGAAGUAUAUCGUAUAAUGUUUGACAUAACUUUUUUCUUUUUCGUCAUUGUUAUUCUAUUAGCUAUUAUUCAAGGCUUAAUCAUUGAUGCGUUUGGUGAACUUCGAGAUCAAUUAGAGAGCGUAAAGACCAAUAUGGAGAGUAAUUGUUUUAUAUGCGGUUUGGGUAAAGAUUAUUUCGAUGCAGUUCCACAUGGAUUUGAUACUCACGUUCAGCAAGAGCAUAAUCUUGCUAAUUACAUGUUCUUUCUUAUGCAUCUAAUUAAUAAACCUGAUACAGAGCAUACUGGGCAGGAAACAUACGUAUGGAAAAUGUAUCAACAGAGGUGUUGGGACUUUUUUCCUGUUGGUGACUGUUUCCGCAAACAAAAUGAGGCAGUCGAAGAUGAGGCCAAGAAAAAAUAACUUGAAGUACCAAUCAAAAUUAUAU